AUGACCAUCGAUUUCUUACACUUCUGGAUGUCCAUGUUUGACGUUAUAGAGGCUCUGAACGAGGUGAAGAUCCUUAUGGCUAAAAUUCCUCGUAGCCACCCGAUCGCACAGGAGAGUUUUGUGCAGAUAGCGAUGAGAAUCCUGGAUAUUGAGGUCACAUUGAAGGCGUCAAGGACAGAUAGCACUAAGAAUGCGUCUUGGGGAUUGCGAAUGGAGAAAUGGGUGAGUUCUAGCAAUGAAAGCAAAGCAUCCUCUUCUAGAGAUGCAAGUUCUACCGCAACACGAAUGAUCAUGGGAUCCGGCCGCAAGUUAUCUUCGAAUAUAGCGCGAAUCUUCCCAAUUCGCUUUUUCCACCGUCGAAAGUGGUGGCAACCCAGAGUCCGACCAACGUUCGCUGUAGAAGGCCACAAAGUUACGAGACAUCCGAGGGAAGAGCUAAAACUUGAAACUAUUUUCUCGUCUAAGCAACGUGCGCUAUUCAUUCGCAAAAGUGCUCGGGUACUCUUCAUCACAGAAUACCUUGUACUGAUCGAGUACGCCGAAGUCGUGCUGCCAAUAGUCUACAGUGUGCACGAAGUUAUUUUGUACAACAUGCCCAACAGAGCUUUUUAUCCAGCACUCGCCGAUUUAUCGCAUGCCGAACUCUUGGCCUCCGUCAAGAACGUGCUUCUGUACAGCUCGUUCGAGUUCGUCUCGCUUAUCAUGGCGCUCGUCGUUCUUAAACGUAUUCUGCAAUUUUCUACACUGCACCAAUUGGCUUUUGUACUCGAGACACAAGCUGCGAUGGUGCAGUCCAAGUUGACUACACUCUUCGUCUAUGUCAUGCAAGUGCCAUUGGCACAUCUCGGUGACUCACUGUGA